GAAGAAGGUCCCUGGCUCCUGAACAAAAGAAUGGCUGUGAAGAUGUGGACGUUGAUGCUGCUGCUGGGGGCCGUGCUGCCUCAGGGCUGCUGCCAGCACUGGUCCUUCGGCCUGAGUCCUGGAGGGAAGAGGGAGCUGGACGGCUUCCCAGGAACCCUGGACAGCGUGGUUGAAGGGUUUCCGCACAGGGAUGCAACUUGCAGUGUCUUGAGCCGUGCAGAGGAGCCACCGUUUGCUAAAGUCUACAGAGUGAAAGCACUUCCAGGGAGUGUAACCAACAGGAAAAAUGGAUACCAAACACACAAAAAAUAA